UUAAAAAUUGCUGCAAUCAGGAAAAACAUCGCAUAUUUUUACAAAAUAUUCCUUACGAGACGUUAAUAUAUCAAUACAAUUCACGAAUAAGAGUAUUAAAACUGCUUUUGAUUAAAAUGAAAGUUAUCAUAGUGCUGAUUGGAGUUUGUGUGGCAAUAUUUCAGGCUCAGGCUCGAACUUCCGAGAGCAUUUCCGUCGACACCCCUGACGUUAUUUUGGACAACAUCGUCGACGGAAAAGUAUGCUCUCGCCAAGUGGGCGUCGCCGAUGGUGGCUUCAAGAAUGUAGAAGAUCAGGACGGAUUGUUACCCGAAGACAAUGAAUCGCUGAAUGCGUUUCACGGUUGUAUUUUUAAAAGGAAGGGGAUUAUAGAUAACCACGGAAUAAUCGACGUUGGAAAUUUGCGCAUCUAUUUAUCAAAUUUGUUUACGUUGGAUCAAGCCAUAUCGCCAUCUCAAAGGAGAUUAGUAGAAAGCUCGAUUGAGGACUGUCGGAAUACUACUGGUAAAGAUUAUAAUCAAAAGUCUGUAAAGCUUAUUAAUUGUGUAAUGAAAAAAUUGUACGGUUUGGUGAAGGAAUAAAAUAGUUAUCUACUGCUA